AUGUCCACCCCCGCGCAGCGGCAGGGCCAGGCGUUCGUCGACCCGCUCAGCCCGUACCCGGCCCCGAACAGCGCGACCCCCCCCCAGUACGCUCAGGGGGGCAAAGUGCCAGGCUACCCAGUGGGACACGCCCCCCAGCCCCAGGCUCCACCGCACGGAGACCAAGGGCGCAUCAUCUACGUCCCGGAGCUGCCGGCCGCCGAGCGCGACUGGGCCGCGCAAUACACCCCCAUGCUCUUCCUCCUAGUCCUCUCCUGCGCGGGCCUGCUCUGGACGGGCGUCACCAUCAUCCUCGCGCCCGGCUCCAUCGCGCUGCUCUUCCCGGGCCUCAUCGCGCAGAUCCUCGCGUGCGUCGCCACGAGCCUCUACCUCUGCAAGUGCGGCGCCGAGAUCGUGUCGUCCGAAAAGGUGACCAGCGUAAUGAAGAUGCUCACGGUCAGCGCGGGGAUGUUCGCGGUCCAGGUCGGGCUGCUCGUGCUGCUGGGGGUGCUGACGAUGGUGCUGGUGGCUCUCGGGGACGAGGAGGAGGACGACACUGCAGUGGUGAUGGUGGUGCUGGUGCUGUUCUACGGGUCGAUCAUUGGCGGGUACGGCGUGCACGGGUGGCUGUGCUACCGGCUGCGGCAGGCCGCGAAGGCGUGCUGCGCGAACGUGCCGCGGAUCCCGGCCGGGGCGUGGAGUGUGCAGCCGGGCGGGGCGGGCGCGCGCGACGGGCUUGGGGCGCCGCCAGCGGGGGGGCUGAGCCAGGUCUGA